GAACGCUAGCGGCAUUUUACAAAUCAUGAGACCCAUCAUGGGACUGUAUUGCUCCAGUUUUUAACACCGGGGAUUUUGGUCAUAUUUACCGGCGCCAUGGCUGUGGAAACCAUCGCACCUGACUGGGAGUUUGACCGUUUUGAUGACGGUUCACAGAGUAAGUACCUGACGUGCUAAAGUGAACUGACGUUACGCUACCUGCACUGUUAGCUUCCGUUAUUAGCAGGAUGCAUUGACUUCGGGCUCCGUCUAAUUGCUGAAAGACAACAUCUGCUAAUGUUGAUUGCAAACAAACACUUGGCAAAUGAACUCAUAAUAGGGAGUAUUUAUAGUAGCAUUAUAACUAUUCACACACGGCAUCCUCGGGACAGUGUUUUAUUUAUGAAAUAAUCUUUUUGGAAGUAACGUGACAACAAAGUUAGCAGGCAUUAAUCACCGUCAUCAGUCAGACAGCUGAUCAGUCUGACAGGUUACAGUUUUUCUCGUUUGCUUUGGCUCGGAUCUCAGAUGAGAAAAGUAUUUUUUAGAAACACUGAGCUCUAAUCUCUGAACGAUUAGUUUGUCAUACAGAAGAGAGCAUAAUGUUACAUUCAUUCAAGUAGAUUGCAUUGUUUUGAUCCGUGUGUAUACACCAUAGACUGUAUAGUAUACACUUCUCUACCAAUCUGCACCCAAAUCACACGCCAGCUGAUUCUAACGGAGUUUUUUAUUGUCUUCAUAGUUUGACCAUCACAUGCAAAAUAAUCCAUCUGCUUCUCAAAAUUUGUCAAACAUGCUUAUAUAUACUGAUGUUUGGAUUUAUCGUUGACAUGAAGUGUUUGUAAGGCUUCCCCACAGUAACUAAAGAUCUGCCUGGUGAGAUAAUUGAGUAGGAAUUACAAUCAACUAACAUGCAGUCAAGUUUGGAAGCAUAAAUAUGUGGAGCUUUUCCACAAAGAUCCCAUGAAGAUGUGAGAUUACACAGUCAUGUAGCCUUCUGUGAAGUGUGCCAAAUGAUAGACUAAUACUUGUAGACCAAAACAAAAACAGGUUUUUCAUUCAUUGAAAAAAUCAUUCUUAUUUUGAUGAGGAUUAUUAGGUGGAGAAGCAUUUUUACAUAUUGACCUGUGUGGCUAACAUAACCUUUCAUUUUGGUGACAGCGGCUUCAACAACUGACAGAAACACUCAGUUCUGAAAUGUGAAUUAAAUAGUUGUUAGUGUCUCGCUAUCUUUUGCAAAUAUUCAAGGGAGUUUUGAUGUAUUGUUAAAAUGUUGUGGUGAUUUUACUUACUGGUAAAAGAAAGUUUCCAAAAAUUUAAAACCAAACAUUUUAUUCAGUAUUUUAACAACAUAGUUGUUCUGCUUCUAAUCAUCUGCAGAAGCACUUUAACGUGAAUCUGUAAGUCAUGAAUCUGGCAUCAGACCCUCUGAAGUGACCAAACAUUUAAUCCUGUAGAAAUACACCUCGAGGUUCAGCUGAAGAACUACAGCCGGUUUCUUGAAGAGUACACCUCUCAGCUGAGGGGGAUCGAGGAGGCUCUAGACGACUCUAUCGGGGAGGUUUGGGACUUUACUCUGGAUCCCAUCGCUCUAAAGGUAAUACUCCAAAAACCACCAACAGAAUAUCACCCUGAAGAGAUAACACUGUUCUCCUCAUGUACUACUACUUUCUUCUUUCUUUCAGCUCCUCCCAUAUGAACAGUCCUCUUUACUGGAGUUAAUCAAAACAGACAACAAGGUAAAUAAAGACGACUAUUGAACUUUCCUCUUGUUGUUAAGUCUUCCUUAUUUAGUAAUAAGCAUUCUGUUUGUGCAGGUCCUGAACAAAGUCAUCACAGUCUAUGCUGCUCUCUGCAGCGAGGUGAAAAAGCUCAAGUAUGAGGUAAGCUCUCAGUUGCAGUUUGUGUUUGAGGUUAGUUUGGUUUGUGGCUUUAACCAUUUGUGUCUUAAAAGGAGCUCCGGGGGAUUACCUACUAUCCAACAGAAGUGUUGUUUGUCUAUAUUUGAUGUUUCUCACCUGAGCACCCUUUGAGUACUGUAGCGACAGAACCAAAAAAGUCGCUUGAGCUCGGAGUCGGGUCUCUCUCUGUCCGACGCACUGCCUUAAUCAAACAAAAAAAAUGCCAACACAAAUACGCUUCGUUUGAAGGUUGAUUAAACAAAAGGCAAAUAACUGACAACUACCAAAUAAAAUAAAAUAAACAACAAUCUAACAAAACCAAAGUCUGCGGCGGUGACGGCGGCGAUCAACAAAAAUUAUGGCGUCCCGCCCCUGUGCUCUCCACAAAGCCAAAUCAAAUCCCAGGUGUGCUCAGGUCCUCAUAAUAACAAAUCACCGCCCCUAUUUGUGACGUAAUCCCCGUGAUGACCCCAAACAAUAUCAAACACCACAUGUGACAACCCAAAUAAUUCAACUUCAAAAAUAAAUCUAUUCAUGGCUCUAACAAGUACUUUUGUGGUGUUAUAUAUGAGACUCUCAUAUUCUGUUUGUCUGGAAUCAUUUGAAUUUAAAAUCGUUUUUUUUUAUAAACAUCUAUGUGUAAUCGCUCGCAGUUUUCUUGUCUUUGCUGAUGCAUUGCUAUACUCUUGACACCACAGACAGCUGUAUAGUCAUUCACAGAGAACUUUUCGUUAACUUCUUUACAAACAGAUGUCUGAUCCAGUACCCCUGUUUAUGUUCUCUUUUGCAGGCAGAGACCAAGUUCUACAAUGGCUUAUUGUACUACGGAGAAGGAGGUAACAGAUGAGCACAUUUUAUCGACUUGUACGAGUUUUUACUUCUGUUGUUAUCUUUGCUUUUUGAUUCAUAAUGUUUUUGCCACAGUGUCUGACACCAGUGUUGUCGAGGGAGAGUCUCAGGUUCAGAUGGGCAGAUUUAUCUCAUUCCUUCAGGUAAGCUUGAAUAACUAAUGGCAGAAUGUGUUAAACUGAAAUCCUGGAUCCACUAAUAGUUUCUCUCUUCAACAGGAACUGUCCUGUUUUGUGACAAGAUGUUAUGAAGUGGUGGUCAACAUUGUACAUCAGCUGGCUGCGCUCUACAACAGCAGCAAGUAAGAGCCUAAAACUGAAGCUAGUCAUGUUACACAGUGGAUGUACUGUUCUUGUUGGGUGGGCUUACUUCCCCACAUUAUCAAAAGGGCCUUUCUACGCUUGGCAUGCAGUCAUAGGAGCAGCUUACAAACUCCAAAUCCGGUUAAUUACUUCAUUCAUGUUUAACAAUAAUGAUCAAAAGCAUGAAAGUAUCUCUCUUCUUUGUAUUUUAGAGUGGCAACUAAAAUCAUCGAGUCAUCAGGUGUUCAUUUCCAGGUGGGAAUUAAGAUUCAUCAGAUUUUUCUGUAACUUCAGUUCAUCUGUAUUUUCUCCUGUGCUGAAUAUUAAAUCAUCUUCUGUAUCCCGGCUACAGAUAGUGUACGAACAUCUUGGCGAGUUGUUGGUGGUUCUCCUCACACUUGAUGAGAUAAUGGAAAAUCAUGGCACACUGAAAGACCACUGGAAAAUGUACAAAAGGUAAACACAGAGUCAAACACAACAUGAUGACAAGAGAGUCUGAGACCAAGGAAAAUCUGGAUUUAAAAAAAAAAAAACAAUGGUUGGUUGUUUGACACACUGACUCAGUGCAAAAAAAAAAAAGCUCUUAUUAGUGUAUGAUCACACUAAAAAGUCACACGCAUAUUUAGUUUGAGAAUUAUAACAGAAUGGAUGUGUGAGAGUGUGUAUUCUAUUACCAGAAUAUAAUAUUUUUAUUAUUAUAUUCUAGUAAUAUGUAGAAUUAUGAUUUAGUAUAUUAUUCCAGUGAAGUAAGCGUAAAAUUCCAGUUUACUUAUCCCCUUUGCUGAUCUUGUUGUUUGUUAUCUGUUCAAACAUACGUGCUGUAGUACUUAAACUUCAAACUGGGCUUUCAUGUUUGGUAACUGUAUCCUCUGGUUGUAGGAUGUUGAAAUCUGUGCACCAUAACCCAGGAAAGUUUUCCAUCCCUGAGGAGAAGCUGAAACCGUUUGAAAAACUCCUGCUGAAGCUGGAGGGUCAGCUUCUGGAUGGCAUGAUACUACAGGUGUGUCAUUUUUUCCCCCUUUUGUUUCAUUAUAAAACUGAUUUUCAGUAUUCUGACUCACCACAGUUCCUGUUUUUGUAUUAAUCAAACAUCUCUUUGUUUUCUGAAGCCAUAAACACAAACAUACUUCUGUUUGCAUGUAUGAACAUUAUGAUCUUUACACCUCUGUGACAGGCCUGCGUAGAGCAGAGAUUUGAUGAUCCUGGGGAAGGAGUUGCUGUUUCUAAAAACAGCGCUUUUGCAGAGGAGUUUGCAUUCAACAUUCGCACAAUAUUCACCAACAUUGAGUCUAAAAUUGGUCAGUUUGUCUCGUUAUGAUACAUUUUUCAUAUGCGAGUACUCUUUCCUGCAAUGUCAAAGUAAGUUCUUUUUGUCUCUGUUUUGUUUUCAGGUGAACCCUCAGAGAUCGACCAGAGGGAUAAAUAUGCCGGGGUCUGCGGUCUCUUUGUGCUCCACUUUCACAUUUUUAGGAGUGUGGACAAGAAGUUCUACAAAUCUCUGCUGGAUGUCUGUAAAAAGGUAGCUCAGUCUUUUUGCCCUCUGUGCUUUUUUUCUGUGUCUUGAUCUCACAACAGUUAAAAAAAAACUCUUUCAUGUUUAUCGUAUGUCCCUUUUAGGUUCCAGCUGUCACUCUGACUUCAAACAUCAUCUGGUUUCCUGACACCUUCCUCAUCACAAAGGUCCCUGCUGCAGCAAAACUGAUGGAUAAGAAGAGUCUUCAGGCCAUCCGAGCACAGAGAGACACCUUUUUGCAGCAAAGAGCUCAGACACUUACAAAGUUAGUGUAGGCCUUAAACAAAUCGAUUUCCUUGUUAAAAAAAUCAGAUUUUAUGUUUUUGAGUUCACUUGCUUUUUUCCUCUGUUCUACAGGGAUGUUCAGUCUUACUACGUGUUUGUAACUUCUUGGAUGAUGAAGAUGGAGUCGAUAUUGUCCAAGGAACAGAAAAGUGACAAGUUGGCUGAAGACCUCAACAGCAGGUGUAAUGUGUUUGUGCAGGUAAGAACUAAAGGAGCCAUAUCAUCAUAUAAACUCAAGAUUAAAGCAUGAAGACCAGAUCACCAAACUGUAUUUAAAUCUACUUCUUCAACUUCAAGCUCCUGUAGUUCAAAAAAGUUUGACCAGAAUGACCCAUUCAGUGUUUUGUUUUGUGAGCAGCAAAUUCAGUGUUACUGUCAGUUUUUAAGGCACACUUUAAACUAUAAAGUAGACCAAGAAUGAUGUCAUCAACAGCCAGAAUGAGACCACUUAAGAUGAUUUUAUUUGAAGGGAUAGAAAGCACAAACUACAAAUAUCUCCUUCCAUAUUUUCAGUGUCUGUCACUUGGCUAGACCAUCAUCUGACCUACAAAUGGAACUGUAUGUGUCCAGUCCCAAAUCUCAAAACAAAGACCUGUUACUUGUUACAAGAGAUUUACAUCCUAAAAAAUUAAGUCUCAGUCUUUUGAAUGAGUAUAAAGCGAUCAAAGAAAGUUAAAACCAUAAGAUUUUUGUUCAAAUUUGAGGCUUUUUGAUGGUCUCAGAGGAAUUUCUUUUGCUCAACACUCUUGAAAGGCUUAUUGAGAAAUUUCAGGGAAUUUUUUUAGGUAAAAAUUUCUCAGUUUAACAAAUCGGGUGCAACAAGCUGCAUGUAUUCUAUAAAACUUUGCUCAUUUACUUUGUUAUAAACUUUGAAACUACAUGAUCAAAAUUUGGAACUGUUGAAAAGUUUUAGGACAUUUUGAACUCUAAAUCCAGCCCUUUGCUGGGACCAGGAUCAUUCCAGUUUUUGUAGAAACAGGAUCUCAAUCCUGCUCUGGUUGCCAGAACAAAACACACUGAAGGUCUGAUCCAGAUCAGGCAAAAAUUUGGAAAAUUAUGGUCGUCCCAUUUUUUAAAAAGAAAGAGAGAAAUUUUUAAACAAACAAACAGACCACAAAAAUUGAUCUGAACUUUGUUACACAUGUUUAAGAUGAAUGUUUUCUUUUGAUACAGUUUUCCUCUCUGUCUUUCCCCUCACAGGGCAUUCUGUAUGCGUACAGCAUCAGCACCAUCAUCAAAACCACCAUGAACAUGUACAUGUCCAUGCAGAAGCCCAUGACCAAGACGUCUGUCAAAGCUCUGUGUCGACUCGUUGAACUGCUCAAGGUUCAUAUUUUCCUUUUUCCCUCUUUGACGUGCUUAACGCCACAGUUUCAUCUGUUUGAAUGACACAAAAAGAAAGCUUCAUGUGUCGGCUGAUGUGUUUUGUCGCUCCUCAGGCUGUGGAGCACACGUUUCACAGACGCUCCAUGGUUGUAGCCGACUCAGUCUCUCACAUCACUCAGCAGCUGCAGUCACAGGCACUCAAUGCCAUCGGUGUUGCUAAGGUAUCUACCCACCCAAAAAGAUUGUCAGAUAGUGCAGAUGAGAUUUAUUUAAGGAGUGUCCUUUCUGUGUUUUCCUUUGUUGAAUGGAAAGGCUUGAGAGAGACAGAAUAUAUAUAUGUGGGUAAAGAUGUAAAACUAAUCAUGUUGGGAAGGAAAAUCAGUCCUAUAAGCAGUGUGAUAAGGACUGUAGCCUCUGUACAUUGGAUGCCUGCUGAGCUAUUUACAUUUUUUGACUAAGUGUGUUUGUGUCUUUGUAGAAAAGAGUGAUUUCUGACAAGAAAUACAGCCAACAGCGACUGGACGUGCUCUCAUCUUUAGUGAUGGCAGAAAAUGCUCUAAAUGGUCCGAGCACGAAGGAGCGACGGCUGGUGGUGGCUCUAGCGCUGUGUGUCGGCACUCAGCUGGUAUGUGGGGAAAAGCUCUUGUGUCAUUAUGAACUCUCAUGAUUCACAGCCUGAAGUUGAAAUCUCGUGCUGUCUUGCAGAAAACCUUCAAAGAUGAGGAGCUGCCUCCUUUGCAGCUGGUGCUGAAGAAGCUUGAUCUGAUCAGCGAGCUGAGUGAGAGGUGGGAAUACAUUUGUUUAUCAUUUGAGGGUAAAAAUGUGGGGGGCUCUGUUUUGUAUGUGCAAGUCUGUGUUUGGGUGUUAUUGGCUUUCAGUAAAAAAAGGUGCACAGAAGGGUAAAGAAAAGGUCAUAGUAAUAAAAUCAUUAUCGAUUACAUUAAAACCCUGCAGCUCAGUCAACAGGUCAUCACUUUUCUUUUUUAAUCACAAAUAUUUCUCUGGUAUCUUGCAUUCAGUAAAUGCUGAUUUUGGAUGUUUUUGUAACUGCAUCCUAAAGUCCUGGUAUUGAUGCAAAAAUGUUGCAUUCUUUCUUUUUUUAGAAAAACAAGCGCAUUUAAAAACGGUUUUCUUUUCAGGGUCAAGCUUCAGUGUGACUGUAGUUUCCUCUACUGGCACAGAGCCGUGUUUCCCAUCUACUUGGAUGAUGUGUAUGAUAACGCUGUGGAUGCAGCACGAAUACAUGUAAGUUAUAAUCAUACAUGUACAUGUACAGUAUAGUAAUACAUGUAAGAUACAUGGGCAGUGUGCAAAUUCACAUGCACUCUUGUUGUUGGAUUUAUAUGAACAAGACUCAUUAACCUAUCCCAAUAGAUUUUCGUGUUCCCAAAACCCCCUAUUUUUGAUCCUGUUUUUGAAGGGAGACAGUCUGUAUUAGAUGAAUAUCGGGUUUUGCACCUUUAACACAAACACAAUAGACUGAGAUCUUUUGAUUAAAACACGAUGAUUGUUUACUGCUUGUGUCAAUCAGCUGCUCUGACAAGGUCAUUUUUUUCUAUGUUGAUGUUGUGUUCUCCUGUGUGACGCCUGUGAUUGGCUGGUAUAGUACAUGUUUAGUGCUCUGAGGGACAGCGUACCUUCAAUGCUGCACGCCAAACACAUGGAGUCAUGUGACCAGCUGCUGGAGAGUUAUGACAAGGAGAUCAUGGACGUUUUUCACGAGGUGAGAGCCGAUGAUAAACACAUAGAGGAAAACGUGUUGUGUGGUGUGAGGAUAUUUGAUUGUGCUGAAGAAUCAAACGUCCAUGGCUGGGACGAACAUUUGUAAACGGCACUCCUCUCGGUUUCUGACUCUGGUAGCACCUGCUGGACAAGCUGUGUAAGGAGAUCGAGAAGGACCUGCGUCUCUCUGUUCACACACACCUGAAGCUGGAUGACAGGAACCCUUUUAAGGUCGGCCUGAAGGAUCUGGCUCACUUCUUCUCCCUCAAACCCAUCAGAUUCUUCAACCGCUUCAUCCAUAUCAAAGGUGCAGAGAGACGUGUUCACAUGUUCUGGUUAAAAGAGACGAGUUUACACUUUAAUGUUUGUUUACUUUUAGAUUUGGUCUAAUAUUUUUAUAAAUCCUUUUGGCAUCAACUAAUUUAAUUUGAAUGAAAGGGCACAUAUGUGACUUGUGAUCACUGAUAUUGACAUCUAUAUAGAUCCAACCUAUAACUAUAACUGAACUUUGUGGUGUCAGAAAAUGUCCACAUGGUUUAUCUCAUCUCAUUUGUCAUGUUUUUUUUUCUGGUUCUGCAGCUUAUGUGACUCACUACCUGGAUAAAACUUUCUACAACCUGACAACUGUGGCUCUGCAUGAUUGGGCCACCUACAGUGAGAUGAGGAACCUCGCUACACAGCGAUAUGGACUCACCAUGACGGAGGCUCACCUACCCAGCCAGACCCUGGAGCAGGUCUGUGUGCUGGGCACUUUUUUACUUUUUUCAUCAGAUUUUUUUUUUACAUUUUGUAGAAAAAGGUGUCAUGGGAACAAUUUGACAAAGAAGCAAUAAAAUAUUUGGACAAUUAUGGAACUGACAUAGUAGAGUUCAUUCUUUGUGUUUUCAUUAGGGUCUGGAUGUUCUGGAGAUCAUGAGGAACAUUCAUGUUUUUGUCUCACGUUACCUUUAUAACCUCAACAACCAGGUAAGAGCCCAACCUUUUCCAUCUCUAUAAAAGCAGCUGUUAUUGCAGUGUUCACAUUUUCAUUUUUCUUCCACCAGAUCUUCAUAGAGAAGGCAAGCAACAACAAGCACCUGAAUACCAUCAACAUCCGACACAUCGCCAACUCCAUCCGCACCCACGGCACCGGCAUCAUGAACACCACCGUGAGCUAACAGGAAAAAUGUUCUCGACAUAAGUCCUGUCUCUUUUAAACCUUUUUUCUCAGAAGAGUUUCCCUUUUGUUUUCAGGUGAAUUUUACCUAUCAGUUCCUGCGGAAGAAGUUUUACAUCUUCAGUCAGUUUAUGUACGAUGAACACAUCAAGUCCAGACUCAUCAAAGACAUCCGCUUCUUCAGGGAAACUAAAGACCAGUCUGACCAGAAGGUAAGUUGGGACAUAUAUCGGUUCAUAAUCAUUUGUUCUCUCUCUCUCCACUGACACAAAAAGUUCCUCAGUGAUAUCACCCAGAGGUUUUCCCACAGAUUCCAGACCGGCUCUUGUUAAAUUGUUUUUUUUUUGUUUUAGUAUCCAUUUGAGCGAGCUGAGAAGUUUAACCGUGGCAUCAGGAAGCUUGGUAUCACUCCAGAAGGGCAGAGCUACCUGGACCAGUUCAGACAGCUCAUCAGCCAGAUUGGUGAGGAAACCACACUGAUCAUGUGAAAACAAAACCAACCCCUGAUGAUGGAAAAUAUUUAAAAAAUCAUUUUUUUGUUUGUUUGAUUGUUUGUUCAGGAAAUGCUAUGGGUUAUGUGCGUAUGAUCCGAUCGGGAGGCCUUCACUGCUGCAGCAGUGCCAUCAGGUAAAACUGAGGCGCCUAAACCUGCUUGUAGUUGUGCUCCAACUGCUUUGUUAAUCAGACAGUUUUGGCUGAGUCCAGUUUGAGAAGGUCAUCAACAUAAAUCUAGUAUAAACACUCUUCACUGAUAUAUAUUUUAUUUUCCCAGGUUUGUCCCUGACCUGGAGGAUAUCGUCAACUUUGAGGAGCUGGUGAAGGAGGAGGGACUGUCAGAGGAGACGCAGAAAGCUGCUGGGUAAAGCAUCUUAAAAAUCUGGAUUAUGUCUCAGAGUCACUGGAGCGUUCCAGUCUGACUCUAACAGGCACUUGUUUGUUUGUACUGCAUAAGUUCUGAUGAGACAUUUUUGGUGUGGAUUUGGGUCAUUCUGGGUCCAGGAUCAGCUGCGCAUGUGAAGAAUUCAGUUUGUGUCAAAUGUGUUUUUUUCAUGCAUACAAACAAACUCUCCUCAGUAGAGUCUGCAUUUAAACCUAGAGAGAUAUUUUCAAUGUAUUUCCAUACUUACACCUGCAGAGGGCACUACAGCUUAAAAAUGUCAUGAAACAUCACCGGACGUAUUGCACAGUCCUCUUACAUGACUUUAUAUCAUAUUCAGAGUCCUGGACUCCGUGUUGGGAGAUCUGACCAGUAACUCUGCUGAGGGGACGGAGUACUUCAAGAUGCUGGUGGCCGUGUUUGCACCUGAGUUCCGCAGCGCAAAGAACAUGCACCUGAGGAACUUCUACAUGAUUGUACCCCCUCUGGUCCGUUUCCAUUUCUGUCUUUGCAGCUCCUUAUCAGACUAUUGUCAUUUGAUUAACCCUUGAUUGCCUUCACUUUCUGCACUUUAAAGGGAUAUUCCGGCGUAAAAUUCAUUUAGGGUCAAACACACCGUAACACAGAGUUAGACACCCCCUCAAGAGAUGAAUGUUGUCGACCGCUUGCUUCUCUAGUUAUACCAACUUCAGUAACGACCGCACGAUAGCAAUACAGAGAGCCACGCGCUCAACCAAAACGCCACACUAUAACCACAAAUAAUGUUCAGAACAGCACCUAGCUUCAGCUACAGUGCAUAUAGAGUCCCAGCCAUAGAACUAGCCACCAAACAUCUUUUCAGCUUUGCCUGAUUUCUUUAGCAAAGAGACGAAACACAACUUACCCACUCUCUUCCAGCAGCCGCUUGUUUGUAGCAAGACCUUGGACGAGUCCAUCACCCACUGCAGCGGGGGACGUAGCUCAAGGAAGAACAUUUAUGAUAAUUUAUCAUUUCCUUAGUGUAAUAGUCCUCAUAUUAAUUAUUUUGCACUGCGGACGCAGUAGUUCUUCUGCCUUAGCAUCUUGGUCUGAUUGCAUUUCCAUGAAGUAAUAAUCAUAAAUGUUCUUCCUUGAGCUGCGUCACCCCACUGUACUCCAUAAUGGACUAGCCUGAGAUCUCCAUACAAACAAGCGGCUGCUGGAAGAGAGUGGGUGAGGUGUGUUUAGUCUCUUUACUCAAGAAAUCAGGCAAAGCUUAAAAGAUGUUUGAUGACUAGUACUAUGGCUGGGACCCUGUAUGUACUGUUGAUGAAGUUAGGUGCUGCUCUGAGCAUUAUUUGUGGCUAUAGAGUGGCGUUUUAGUUGAGGUUUGUUUAUGGCUCCUGAGACCUCUGUGUAUUGCUAUCGUGCGGUCGUUACUGAAGUUGGUAUAACUAGAGAAUCAAGCGGUCGGCAACAUUCAUCUCUCGAGGGGGUGUCUGACUCAGUGUUAUGGUGUGUUUGACUCUAACCUAAUUUUACACCUGAAUAUCCCUUUAAUGUUUCUGUUUCUACAUCAUUGCUCUAUUCUGCACUUCCUGUAUCUAAAACAUAUCUGUUCCCUCCCACAGACUGUAAAUUUCGUUGAGCACUCAAUCAGCUGCAAAGAGAAACUCAACAAGAAGAACAAAACAGGCGCUGCUUUCACAGAUGAUGGCUUUGCUAUGGGUGAGAGAGCCUGAAUAAAUAUAGUACUUUGUUUUAAAACACUAUUUGCUUGUGCUGUGAUUCCAUUGUUGACACAUCUCCCUCCUCGUACCUCUCUGUCUUUCAGGUGUGGCGUACAUCCUGAAGCUGUUGGACCAGUAUCUAGAGUUUGACUCUCUGCACUGGUUCCAAGCUGUCAGAGAUAAAUACAAGAAAGAGAUGAACGCGGUGGUCAAAGAGCAGAACGUCCAGUCUGCUAGCCAGGAUGAGAAGCUGCUGCAAACCAUGAACCUGACUCAGAAGAGGCUGGACGUCUACCUUCAGGUACAGUUAUUUAUGAACAAGCAUUGAGGCUGCUUUAAGACUUUAUCCUUUUUUCCCUCUCACAUUUUCCUUCAAAACCUCUGAUUUACAUGAACUUUUUACUCUAAACUCUUUGUCUUCAGGAGUUUGAGCUGCUCCACUUCUCAUUGAGCAGCGCCCGGAUCUUCUUCCGAGCAGACAAGACUGCAGCGGAGGAGACUCAGGAGAAGAAAGAUAAAGGUGAGCUGCUGGUCUGAUGAUUCAUGUCGCCUUUAAUUAUUCAAAACCUCAGGCACAUCCACUCUGUUAUACAGGCUCCUUGUGGGUUAUUUUUCAUUGAUAAAAGGAAAGUACUCAGAUUUGUGAAGGAUGAGGUCUUUGUGUCUUCAUCUGUUCUUUCGAUCUGACAAAUAACUCUUUUUUUUUUUUCCUCCACCAGAAGAAGCUGCCAAAGCUGGAGGUGCUCCAGACGGCUCAACCCCAGCUGAAGCCAACUCAAAGUGAGCCUCAUUGUGGGAACAGAGUUUGAAGAUUGGAGUGUAUGGCAAAGUGAGCAGAAAAAGUGUGAAGAUCACCUGCAGCAGACCGCACUGACACAUGAUUGAAAACAAGAAAAAAGCCCAGAAAACUAUGACCCUCCAUAGAGAAAGAAUGUUGACUUUAAGCAAGACUGCAAAGAAAUGUCUUUUUUUUUUACUUUCUACAGAAACAUCAAUGUAACAUUCAUCAGCUUUGGAUUGUUAUAAAUGAUGAAUUCAGCUUGAAUUUGUAGCAUUUAAACAAGCAGAUGCAGUUUGGAAAAGCCAGGCGGUGUGACAAGCGUUGAGGUGAGAGUGGAUUCUUUUGCUGCGCUGCCUUUGACCCCUUCAGUCUUGAUGGGCUGUCUUGUUUUUCUACAGUAGAAGCCUCAGCUUUGUCUUGAUUCAUGACUUGUUUACAUCUCUGCUUUUCAUUUAAUACUUUGCCAAGUCUUAAUGAGUGUUCAGUGUACUAACUGUGAAUGAUUGUUCAUGGCCUUGAAUGGCAGCUCUGUUCUUAAUACCUCUAUAUGAUAGCACAGUAACGAGGGUAAUUGAGAACAUUUUGUGUAAAAUCCAGUUUGUCAUUCAGUUGUUUUAAGUCCGUAUAUUAUGUUGUUUGAACAUAUGUUUGUGUGCCUUUCUAAUUUGUGGAUAUUAGCUUUGAUUGCCUAAUUAAGAAAUCAAGCAUCCAAACACCCAGGAAGAACAAUUGUUGCGUAGUACAAAGAUUUAAUUAUUCCUCUGCUGUAGUGGAGAUGCUGCAUUACAUUUUUAAUUAACUGAUUUUAUAUCUAUCAACAUGUGGUACAUGUGAAAAAAAGGCCAUCAUCUGGUCAGAAUUACAUUCCAUGAAUUAACUUGAUUGAAAAGAAGCUCUGUAGUCUCUGACGGCUAAUAAAACUGCACUUUCAAUACAAGAGUCCUGAUCCUGAGUUUGUACCUUUUUUCUUUAAACUUCAAUGGAAGAUACAUGUAGUUAAUCAAACAAAUAGAAAGUAAGUAAUUAUUAGCAAUGUGAAUGUUUCCUCUGUUUUAUUGGAUCUGCAUUUUUACUUCCUGCUUACAAACGCAGCGUGAUCUCUUAAUAAAAAGCGGAAAGAAGUCCACAACUUUGUGAAGAGGAAUAAACACAGACACACUGGUUCAGGAAAGCCUUUUCUGCUUUAAUACAAAGAAAAGAAGCACUUUGCUUCAGAAAAUACAAGAAUGGUCUGAUUUUUUUUCUCCCUAAAUUAUCGUUUUUCCGUUUCCUAUGAAAUGCUGCUGUUCACAGCUGUUCAAACAGCUUGAUUGAAAUACAUCCCUCCUUCAGCUUUGGACUCUAAACUCGGGGGGGAAUGAUCUCCUAGUUUGCUUCGUUUUUGGCUGAGAAUCAGGCCUUUCCUUAAAUGACAUUUUAACGUAUUAUUCUGUUGUAAGUGCGACACCCUGUCCAGCAGAUCCAGAAAUGUCCUGUUACAUCCACAUAUUGCAUCCAUGCUCACCUCAUAAAAACGAGGUACAAGGCAGGGCAAAAUAUCUUCCAAAAUAGAUUUCAUAUAUAUAUAUAUAUAUACACAUACAUAUAUAUAUAUAUAUAGCAAUCAUAUAUACACAAUCGUACAUACAUAUACUAAGUUAUGUGAUGCAAAGAAACAAAAAUGUACACAUUUCUUACAAAAUUGUAACAAAGACUGGAAAUUGUUUUGUUGCCCUGAAGCAACAUUUGUGAGGAUUCGGCCACAUUUGAGGAAACCAAAGUCGCCUCCCCGACUUGUGUCAAUGUUCAGCUGGCACAGAAGUCACAGUGAGAGACAUACAGAAUGAAAAAGAAGGGGAAGAAAAGAAAACGGUUUGUUGGUGGAAAUACAGAGGUAUCAGAAUGGAAGAAAAAAGGAGCGAUGAAAAGGGAUGCAUGUGGAAACUUUGCAUGAACCCCCUGACACAAAAAAGGAAAGGAAAAAAGAUGUUUCAGGGAGUGUCAACAUAAAAAAGCACAAACAAAUUUUGUGUUCUUUUAUUACUAAAUAUAGUGCAACAAUAGACAUUGCAUUUCUUUCAACCUUUCACUUGCGUCCCAAGAUAGUUACUUUCCCUGACUUCUUUCUAACACCUGUGAAUACGAGGCGUAACCUUUGUUACUGUUACUGUCCUGUGCCACAAGGUCAGUCCACCGCUCUGCGAGCAAACAGCGGUCAGAUUCAGAGACGUAAACAUAACACAGACCCUGCUCAAAAUGAGACAAAACUUACAGCAGGAACACAAAGAAUAAAAAGUGUUGGUGUUUUGGGCAGCAUGUAAUUUUGGAAGGGCAGGGCAGUUUGGAUGGUGGCGACGACCCCCGCAGUCAUAUAGCCAAAUCCUCGAGGAAUAAAAACCAAGCUAUGUGAACCACAGCACCCCCUCCUGGACAACAGUGCUGUGUGCAGGAACAGGUGCAGCUUUGGACUGGUCGGGCCUUAGAAGGCCUGCUGGGCUGGGUUGUAGUUGAAUGUUGUUGGCACAUGAGGCCUCUCCUCCAGCUUGUCGUACUCCAGAUGAAACUCCUGAAAAACACAACCACAAUUGUGAGAUAAUCACAAAAGUCUGAAUAAGACGGAAAAGUCAAGUAGCUUUGCACAGGGGAGUUUGAUGGAUGAUUGAAACAAAAAGAGGAGGCGCGGUUUUACCUUGGCUACUUUCCUCCAGUUAAGACAAUCAAAGAAGUAGUAAGUUCCCCUCUCAUACGUGUUGGUCUUCAGUGUUGGCUCCAUGCCAGGCGCUCUUGUUAUCCAAACCCGCUCCUCUUUGUGGUACCUCCAGUCCCGGUUAAAGCUGGACAUUAAAAAGUAAAAAAAAACUGUGAUUUUAUGCUGACAAAACAUGACAGCUAAAGAGGACACAAACAGGAACAAUAAUGGAAACAAUUAAAAAGCAGUAAUAUCUCCAACAGUCCCAACAAUAGUUAAAUACUCACAGCUCUACUGCUGCCAGAAGCUGCAGCAGGUCUCCACCGUUCAUGUAGUAAAGGUAGAACAACAGGUCUUCGCCAUAUCGUGCCAGUUUAAUUGCAGCCAACUAGAGGCGGGACAGCAAAGAGGUUACCUCUCUUUCCAUGUAGUUCUCUGCAUAAAGUCUACGUCUACUGGCUGUGUUCAUAAUUACCUUGUCCCUUAUGUGGAUAUUGGUUAGGUAUUCAGAGGGGACAUGGAAAUCUGAAAGGUAACCACAUACUGUGUAUGACAUGUUAUCCUUAAAUAACUGUAGGAUGAAUUUGCACUCUCCUGACAGUAAACAUGAAAGAUUCCUGCUUUUGAUGACAGUAAGUCAUUAUAUGAAGCCAAAACUUACAAAGCACAAACCAAAACAGAGCUAUGUAAAAAUAAAAAAUAAAAAAAUAAAAAAAGAUUUAGAGAUUUAGCUGGUUACCACACACAAAACGAGCCUUGUUACACUACAGAUCUGUCCAUUGGUAGAACUUUCACCCCAUGCAUAGAUUUUACAGGAGCAAAAACAAACAAGUGACCAAAGAAUCACAUGGAUAGUAGUGGGUGUCUUUAGCAGUCAGCUCUCAUCAGCCUUCAUGAAUAUAAUUGUCAAUGUGUAACACAGUCCAAAAUAAAUGGACAAAGUCCCAGUGCCACUUCAGUGACACCCUUUUCAUUUCUAAAGUAGAGUUUGUGUAGAGUGAUCAGCAGCGACCACUGUGUCUAAAAUGCUGACUCAACCUAACUUUCAGUCACAUUAUCAGGCAUGGAGGUGGAGCUGACGUGGGCCUGGAGUCUCCUCUUUCGCCAGAGUUUAUACAGCUAUCCUAGAGUUGAAUUUACUACCUUUUACCACCUUUUUUACUACCUCUAAAAUAUUUUUUAAUACCAACACAACAUUGCGACAUUGUUUUUGUGUGGGGGUAGGUGCACACAGCUGCUGGUGAACGGUGGAUCCUUUGUGUAAUCCAGUGUGCAUCAAAAAUGCACAAAAUUCAGCAUCAAUGGAGAGGUCAUGAUAUAUUGAAAGGGUGAUGACAAAUUUACCACCUAGUCAAAUUGCGUUUACUACCUUUUACUACUUUUACCACUCUAACAUAUUACAUGUUUAUAUCUUACCGAUGUCUUGAGGUCGACAUGGCGAUGACGCCCAUGGUGAGGCAAACUUCGGGUACAAGUUUCUGUCGGCAAAGGAAGUUGCAUUUAGAUUGUCAACAUUGAAACAAAACAUUAAACUGAUACAUGGAAAAAGCACAAACUAAAAAACAGAUAUUUUAAAGGUGCAGUCAAAAGUGGUAAGUUUGAGUAAAAAUACUUAUUUUACUGGACUAUUCAUUUAUCAACCUCAUUUUCUGAAUGUUUAACCAGAAAAAGGUUUCCUUGCUCAUAAAUGCUUUGGGGAACUGUGUUAAUGGUAGGACAGCUUUCUCACUCAGGUGAGUUGAGGUUGAGUCCCAGUGUCGUAAGGUCGCUUCCAAGUGCUAGAUGGACCAUCCCUGGAUCAGUCUCCGCCGCUCGGAUAAACGUCAGCAGGCCUAUCAUGCCGAAUUGGUCUGUCACCAUUCCUGAGGGAAUGUUCGUCACCCGACCUGCAGCAGCAAAGAGAUGAUUCAAGAGUUAACAAACCACUGAAAAAUCAUUCAUAUACAGUUAAUGCUUACUGUCAUACAUUACCUCUAUUUUUCUAACCACAGUGUGUGCAUAACUUGGACCGCAAAUAAGCUGGGUAUGUCUUUAACAAGUGAUGGAGAGAUGAUGAUGGUCUCUGUUAUGGUGAACAUAUUCACUUGGCUUCCUCACUGUAGCCUACCCUUUAAUUAUCUAACCCCAAAUACUGGGUAGAGAGCCCAACUGCCUCACCCAAGUUGUGGGAUUAAGAAGGGAUGUCUCAGUGGAUUUGGAGCGAUACGAUUUGCUGAGAGGUCUCACCAUCGGGCAACACCUGGAUCCCUUUCUUCUGGUUGUUGUUCUGUGCUGAGGCAGUCUUGUCUCCGGGGAACUUGGGUCCAUCUGCAUUGGAUGUGCUCUUGCUUGUGGAGUUCAAGUUCUAUGAAACAAAAGCAAUUUGUUUAAAAAAGAAAAUUAACAUCCAGAAUUCAUUACAAUUAAUUCUCUUUCAUGUUUUAUGUGACACUUACUGUUUUGUUGUCAUCAUUGUUCAACGUGGGGUCCUUGUAGUUUGGGCCAGGCAGUGCAGGGAAGUCCUCAUUAUGGAUGGAGAAGUCCUGUGUCUGUUCGGUUGAUGGCUUUGUCACCAUGCCGACUACAUAAUGAUGAUGAUGAAAAAAAAGAGAUGCAGAGACUGUCAUUCCCCAAGGUAUAGUGGGCAACAAAUCACACACAGUUCUUAUUUAAAUAAAUCAAAAUCUUAGCAGGGAUUAUGAAUCCAGUCCUGAGGCUGACAUUCAUUUAUCUUCUACUUAAUGUGGGAAACAAUAAGAUCUUUUAUGCAGCUUAAUAGCCUACCAUAAGGGGCCCGUCCAGCCAGCGGGUUGAGCACCGGUGUUGGGUUUCCAGUCCCUUCUCUCCGACUCCUGUCUGCUAAUGCAGGAAAGUCUGACAAAUCCAGACCCGUUACAUUUUCACUCCCAUCUGCAGCAAUAGGAAGGUUAGGAACAUUUAAUAUGUAAUGGCCCCACUGAUGCAAUUUAUCACUUAAUAAAUGUGGCAAUGAUUAAAAUAAAAAAAAUAACCCUGCAAUAAUAAUAAGUGUUUUUAAGUUUAUUUUAGUGUUAUAAAAUGGAGCCUUAUCUUUUUAAAUUGAUUUUCACUGAGCCUACGAGUGCAUUUUUAAAAUACUGCUAAUACUCCUUGAAACAAAAUUAAAACAAAACUCCUUGUGACCCCUUUUAUUUAUAUAUUUACCUUUUUUUUUUAACAUACUAACCUGUGCCAUUGAAUAUGUUGCUCGAUAAAGGGUUGUUCAUCCCAAAAGCUUGGUUACGGUUCAUUCCAAAUCCCGACAUGCUGCAGUGACAAAAGAAAGCCAAAGCAAUAGAUAAGGCCAAUUUCCCAAAGCUGACUUUUCAAAAAAGAAAGUUUAAGAUCAGUAGCUGUCUACUGUGGAUUUAACACUCCAGUGGGCAUGUAUGGGUGUAAGGCAGGAUCUGCAUACCUGUUUAUAGUAAAGGGCUGGCGUGCCGGCUGCUGUUUCGGCAUACAGAUGAUGCUGGGUGAGCUUCGGUUGGGGCUGCCGAGCCCCGAGCUGCCCAUACUGUUGGUCCUGCCGCUCAUCCCAAUGCCUUGUCCGACCUGAGAGUGGUUCAGCAUGUUCCUUGUGUUCAUCGGCAAUGUCCCCCUUUGAACAUGAAUAGAUCUGGUUUAGUGGAUUAUGAUCAAUUUUUUUAAAUAUGUUUUUAACUGACAUUUCCUGUUACAUGGUUGUUAUUUUAAUGUAAUGAACCAUACAAGCAUUCAUUUAAAAACCCUGACACAUAACUGAGUACCUGCUUGGUGAAGGAGGGGUAUGGAGGGACAUGGUAGGGACACCAGUUGUGGGGGUAAUAUGACUCGAUAGCUGCGUGCCUUGUGUUAGAUUUCUGUUUAACUGAGGCGUGCUGUUCCCCAUGCCCCUUAUCGAGAAGCCAAGUGCACCUGCAACAACAAAAAAGGAAAACAAGAGGUGAACAUGAAGACUUCAGUGUAUUCCUCAGCAAAUUUUCACAUAUUGAAAAUCUAAUUAACACUUACUUUGUGGGCCGUACAAACUUGCACCAAGCUGUGACAGCUGCCCUGAUGAUGAUGGUGAGGGAGAGGAGAGCAUCUGCAGGAUAACAAGAGAACAGUGAGAUCAGUAAGAGGAUAUUUACACCGUUUUACCGAGGAUGGGCAAAGUGUAGGGUACACAUCAAGCACUCACGUCUUUGUCCGACCGAUGUGGGAACAUCGACGGUUGGUUGUAGUACAUGCUUUCAUCUGCGAAGUCGUUGUCGACAACCUCCACGAACUCAACAAAUUUUUUUCUAGCACCAAACAUGCCUUUCGUCACCUGGACAGAGGGAAAAAGUCUGGCAUAGAGUAAAACCUUAGACAACAGCAAAAACAUAGUUUUAUACACUUCAAAUUCCCAACCAAGAUACAGUUGUUGACUUUAUUACCUCAUGUUGCUACUUUAAAAACUUUUAGGUUAAACUAAAUAUCUCAAUUGAGACAAUGUCAUUAUCAUGAAUCUUGUUUCUUAGCACUUGGGCAAACAAAAUGACCCAGUUUGUUGUCAACUUAUUCAACUCAGUCCAGCACUAUUCUGGCGUUUAUCAGGAUUCAAACUCUAAACUGUGGCUAUUGAAACAUUCAUUAAAACUACUUUGCAAUUAACGGUGACAAAAUAAGUAUCCUGGCUUCUUCUUUUCCAGGAACUUUUGAAAAGUGUUUGUCUAGUUUGUUAUGAAUGAACGCAUAUGGGUAAAAAGUUCUGCUUCUCUAACAGUGUUAAGUAUACAUUUCAUCUGUAACAUUAGCUUACCAAGAUUGCUGACGGCACAACUUAACAUUAUAUAUUUGCAUGUUAUACUUUCAAGGUAUUGGUCUCUAUUAGAUGUGAGAUAAAGGGUUAGGGACUUGACUCUGAAGAGUUCAAAUACAGCAGCGAUGCUAACCUGCUAGUUAGCUGCUAGCGUUAGCAGUGAAUCUGUGUCAGCUAAGAUAGUCAUAAUAAAAGCGGACUGACUGCCACAACAAACUUUACCCUUUAAACUACAAAACACCUACACUUCAGCAGCAAACAGCAGUCAGUAUAAGGCACUAAUACAGGCCCUCUAUGGCUGCAUGUAUCCACAGUCCGUUUUCUGGACUCGGUGUGAAGCUCCGUUUGCAGCAGCAGCAGCAGCAGCAGCUACAGAAGCUAAAGGCUAAUCACCUCAGCGUUAAAACGGUGGAGUUUUCAUACAAAGGCAACACAAACAGCUGCGGCCUUCAGCUUGAGUUUGUACCGCAGAGAUAAAUUUAAUAAAAAGUGCAAAAUCCUCACCGCAUCAAUUUCUCUUCUCUACGUUAGAUCCAAGAUGGCUGUGUAUAUUCACAAUCGCAAAGGGAUAGCCUUUACCCUUUGACCUUAGAACCUGCUGACCACUUCCGUACACAAAACUGAACCCGUCCAAUAAUAUUUCAGGAAAGUGUGCUCGUCUUUCCACAGGGAGCUUACUGGAUAAAAGCCAAACAGGGAGAAUAUACUUGAAAUAUUAUUAAAACUGUGUAUCUUUCACAGAGAAAAUAGAAAAAGACACAAAAGUGGGAAAAAUUAUGAAAAAUUAAUUCAUUUUACGAGCAAUUUUACUCAAAAUAUCAAUUAAUCAAUCAACCAAUCAAUCAAAGUUUAUUUAUAUGGCAUUGUUCAUACAAAUGAAAUUGCAGCUCAAAGGGCUUUACAUCAGGAGAAAAAAAAUAAAAGUUAUUAUUAUUAUUAUUAUUAUUAUUAUUAUUAUUAUUAUUAUUAUUAUUAUUAUUAUUAUUAUUAUUAUUAUUAUAAAUAGACUUAAACAGACAAUAAAAUAUGGACUUGAAUUUAUUAAUAAAAGAAGGUAAAAAGUGAUACUAAAAAAAUAAAUAAAUUAUAAUAGUAAUUAAAAUAAUGAAACUUUGCAUAAAAACCAGGCUAAAUAGAUAAGUUUUUAGGUUACGUUUAAAAUUUUAAAAUAUUUGCAGCAUGUCUCAGACCCUCUGGAAUUUACUUUCACAGUUUUGGAGCAUAGCAGCUAAAAAAAGCAUCACCAAUUUUUUUUUGUUCUGCUCUGUGGAAUGACUAAAAGAGAAGAUUGAGAGGAUCUGAGAGGCUGCCCCAGUUCAUAAAUUAAAAUCAUCUUUGAAAGGUAUUCUGGUGCCAGGCCAUGUAGAGCUUUAUAAACUAGUAAAAGAAUUUUAAAAUCAAUGCGAAAACUAACAUGCAGCCAGUGCAAAGACUUUAAAAUGGGUGUAAUAUGAGCUCUUCCCCUGGUCCUAGUCAAAACUCUUGCAGCAGAGCUUUGGAUCAGUUGGAGCUGGUUUAUUGUGCUUUUUGGUAGACCAGAGAGGAGAGCAUUAUAGUAGUCAAGCCUGCUGGUUAUAAAAGCGUGCAUUAGUCUCUCUGUCUUGAAUACUUAACAUACUUUUAUGUAUUUAAGUAUAAAAGACAAGACGAUAAUAAAACCAUUAAGACAAGACACCAAAGCAACAAACAAACAAAACAAAAAAUGCCAUAAGACAGGACAUCAAAAACUUAACUUGUAUUAUACAGUCCUUGGUACAAACAACAUUAUUCCUCAAACACAACAGUGAACAAGUGUGUCUUUCCUUCGCUUUAAAUAUACCUGUCUAUAAUCUAGAUGAAGACUGUAACAUAAAGUUCGUACAUAGAAUGAGAAAACCUGCACUUCUACUUUCUCAUGACUUAAGGGAACACACAGGAAAGCAGUCAGCAAAGUGCCCAAACAGGCAUGUAUGGUUUCACAAGGUCUGUCAAGUACAAGCGUACAUUGCCAACUACUUUUUUUUUUUUUUUUUUUACACCAAAAGUAGCUUUUCCAAAUCUGCUCCAGCCUGAGCAAGCCAGUAAAGUCUUGAAUAAGAACCUCAGCAUCUUUAAAUGACAGGGUUGAUUCUAUCUUGGCAUUUUCUCUGAGAUGGAUAACGACACUCUUGUCACCUCUUCUAAUAUGACUCAGACGGAGAAAAAAAUGCCAAGAUUCUUCACUCUGUUUCUACAAAGAAUUACACAGUCAUCCAGUGACAGAGUAAUAUUAUCUUAAAAAUAAAACUCAGUCUUGCUGGUCCAAAAACCAAUCUUCAAUCUUAAAAAAUGUGACAUCUUUCCCACUGGUGGCUGGUACAGUGUAAAGAAUAGUAAACCUAAGAUGGACCCCUGGGGGACCCUGUGCCUUAAAAACAAAAAGGUGUCAGCACUAGUUUAUAACUCAUAAUAAAGAAAAUUAACAGCAGCGUAAAGGAAACAAACACUCCAGGAUUUCAUUAGCUUGUCCAUGCCAAAUAGUACAGGACUUUGAGAUAUUGUUGUUAUCGAGCCAGCUGAGAUCUUCUUGACAGUUAAGGUCUUGACCAAUGAAGCAACUGAACUGAAAUGCCUAAAUGUGGAGCUCUGCCUCCCCCCAGUGAUCAAAAACAUCUUGCAUUUUAAAAAUAGUGUGCUGUAGCUCCAUGCUUACAAUGGCAAAUAUCUUUCCUCAUAAUAAUGUCAGUAUUCAUGGCACAAUGAUCCCCCCC